AUGGAUGACGGAGACUAUAGGCAAAACAUCACGGUUCAAUACUGCUUUCCUGACAUUAACUCAUCUUGCAGAAAGGAGCUCCACACUCCCACCAACCUGCUCAUCCUCUCUCUGUCUGUAGCGGAUCUUCUCGUGGGACUGAUUGUUAUGCCUGUGAAUAUCAUGCAAUUGAUAGACUCCUGUUGGCAUUUUGGCAAAAUGGCAUGCUCUGUUUAUCUACUGAUUGGUUUUGUCUCAACAUCAGCAUCUAUCUGUAGCCUGAUUUUUAUUGCAGUUGAUCAGUACAUUGCUGUCUGUGACCCUCUGCUUUACUCCACUAGAGUCACAGUUUGUAAAACCUCACUGUUAAUAAUUUUAGGUUGGUCUUUAUGUCUGUUUUACAUCACCAUGUAUUUAUACUUUAAUGAUCAUCUCCUUCAAUCUCAGAUAUCCACUAAGUGUUAUGGAGAGUGUGUGCUGGUUCUAAAAUAUUCCUGGGUGAUGAUUGACUUAUUGGUUUCCUUUUUAACCCCUUGCUCUAUAAUACUGGCCUUGUAUUCAAUCAUUUUUAAUGUGGCAAGACGUCAAGCUAGAGCUGUUAGAGCUGUGGUAAAUGCUGCCUCACAUAAACAUGGGGUUAAAGUUUCAAACACUUCCAAAAGCAAAGCAGCAAAAAAAUUAGGAAUUGUCAUUUUUGUUUAUCUUGCUUGCUGGAUCCCAUUUUAUUUAAGCUCUUUUUCAGUUGAAAGUGUCUCAUCUUCAUCGAUGGUGUGGAUUGUGUUUGGCUGGCUGCAAUUUUUUAACUCCUCUGUGAAUCCACUAAUAUAUGCCAUUUUCUAUUCAUGGUUUAGAAAAUCAUCUAAGUAUAUUGUAACUUGUAAAAUAUUCCAGUCCUCAUCUUCAAGCUUUCAUUUGUUUCCUGAACAUUAA